AUGCCCAGCCCUCUCGCCCCUCACAAAUCCGGCGUUCACCGCGUCGCCGCGAUCGCCCUCUUUCGCGCUCUACUACAGCAAUGUAGAGCUGUUAAGCUCCCCGACCAGACCAAAGACGAUCUCCAAAAUGUCAUUCGCAACCGCUUCAAAUCACAGCGCCACGUCACAAGUCACAGACAGCUGAAAAUCAACUUUGCUGCUGGGUAUGAGGCCAUCGAUCAUCUGGAUGCGGCUGUUGCCGGGAAUGAGGAGAGUCAAGGAUAUCUGAUCAGUCUUUUGGCAACAGCCCCGGAGAGUGCGAAGAGGACACCUAGGAAUAAAGCCUGGGAAAAGAAAGAAAGGGACGACAAACGCAAGGAACGUAUGAGAGCUGCGCGAGAAGAGCGAGAGCGAAACAAGUUGGAUCUGUUCUCAAGGCCUCUGCCCCUGGAGAAAUUAUCUGGUCAGCGAAGGAAAGUCCCAGUACUCUUCGGCGCAAACCACAUUCCUGUUCUGAGGCUGAAAAAACCCCAGCCACAAAAUCUCAGCGCAUUUCUGCUUUCACGAAUCAAUCAGCGGCAAAGAAGACAUGAUCGACGGCUGGAAUUAAUCGAGGCCCUUAAGAUUGCGAAGCAGGAAAACUAUUGGGAUAUGCAUGUCUACAAUAUAUGCGGCGUGGAAUCACGACGGUCUUCGAUAGAGACUGACGAUGGACCAGCGAAGAGUGCGGGAGAGCCAAGGUGGACAGAUACCAUUGUCGAGGGACUGAUAGAGGUGAACGACGCGCUGGACAGGGAAAAGGAUAAGAAUCGAGUCAUGGCCGAGAAAAUGCAGCGAGUCGUUGAUCGGGAGACGAAGCUAGCGAGGAAGGAGAAUGGAAAUGAGCGGGACGUGCAACGAGUCGUCGAUCGGGAGACGGAGCUAGCGAGGGACGUGCAACGAAGGUGGCAGCUCGAUCGCGAGCGUCAAAGGCAACAUCCUUCGAAUCCUGAUGCCUCAGACGCGCGCUCCUUGGCUUCUGAGGUCACCGAUCUGGUGAAGUCAUGGUCGUCGCGGUGA